GAGGGGCUGCAGGGCCUUGGGACAACAUGGCGGCUCAGGGCUGAGGCCGAGGCUGACUCUUCGGGUGUUUUGCUCUUGUUUUCCGUCUCAGGGCCUCUUAGUGUGGACAAACUUCUGGAUACGAGAUGACGUCGCUACACUGCGUCAUCCACCCCCUGCCGGGCACCGAGGACCAGCUAAAUGAGAGACUCAGAGAAUUGGGCCUUCGGCUGAAUUGGUCCGGAGGUGUUGGAGUGAGUGCAGUGGCAGGGCUGCGAGAGAACAUCCGGCAGGUUGCUAUUGGUCCAUCACACAUAGCAGUACUCACUGAAGAUGGGCGUGUGGCUCGAUUGGUCUUCUCCAUCAACACAGAUGCUCUUGAUCUUAAUAAAGCAGAUCAAAAACAAGGGAACUGCAACAAGGGCAGUACUCAAAGCAGCACCAAGCUGACAGCACGCAUGUCCACUGGAGGCCGACGGAUUGUUCGCACCACGUCUGGGUCAGGAGGUGUAAGGGGGCGGGGAGCUGGAGUAAUCAUGGGGUCAUCUCGGCCCAUGUUGCCGGCACAGUAUGUUCCUGAAGAACUCAUUUCCCAGGCACAAGUUGUAUUGCAAGGAAGGAGCCGUAACCUUAUCAUCAGAGAGCUUCAGAGAACCAAUCUUGACGUCAACUUGGCAGUAAACAACCUUUUGUCGAGAGACGAUGAAGAUGUUGAAGAACCAGAGGAGAGCGGUGACUCCUACGUACCAGAAGACCUCAUCUCUCUCCUGGAUGCUGGGAUAUCUGUGGCUGCUGACCAUCCCUCUGUGAUAAUAGAUGCUGAUGCUAUGUUUUCUGAUGACAUGUUUGGCUACUCCUCAGUGCGCAGUCGGUCUGGGGGGAGCCGAGGCCGAGCAGGAGAACGUGACCGUGAGGGCUCUGCCGGGUCCACGGGGUCAGAGCACCGAGCUGACCGGGAGCUGAGAUGGCGGGACCGUCACUACUCAGGGCCCCGCAAGUGGCUCUCCAAUGCACUGCUUUCUGUUCGAGUUGCACAGCCCCACUCAGAGACCGGGAAAAAGAAGGAUUCCCUCUUACCGGAUGCCAUUGACGUUGCUGACAACCUCCAGUACUGGCCAGAGAGACAAGGGAAUCUGAGUCCUCUUCGGUUCUCCCACAUUGCAGCGCUUCACUCAGAACUGGUGGCUGUAUCCACUACAGGACAGCUCUACCAGUGGCGCUGGGCUGACAAGGACCCCUACGUCCAUCCUGAGCUGCCAAAUGUGCACCAUCCCAAGGCUGUUCCUCUGGGGUUGUCAGGAGAGAGGGUGGUGGCCAUCAGUGCUGCAGGAGUGAGGUGCAGUGUGGCUACAGAGUCAGGCCGGGUUGCUACUUGGCUUGAUGAGACUCUCGCUGAUGUGGCCACCAAACUGGAGCAGCCAGCCCAAUCUUUUCCUGAGUUACAGAAUGAGCGCAUCUUAUCCCUUCACACAUGUCAACUGUACACCUGUGCCUGGUGCGAGUCUGGCGCGCUCUACUGGUGGGGAGUCUUGCCGUUCAACCAGCGUAAGAAACUCUGGGAAAAGUUUCGCAGCAAGAGUCGCAAGCAGCGCUCAGAUAUCACAGAGGGAGUUCAGAUUGGCAUGCGAUCCUCACCCAUGUACCACCCUGGUGCCCUUGCCUUCUCCACCUCCGGGGGUGUUCCUAAAAUUGGGCAGUUGAUCAAUGCCGCAUGGAACCUUGGCGACACCUGCAGGUUCAAGAUUCUCCCUCCUGGCGGGGUGAUGAGUGGCUCGAGUGGAGGGGGAGGAAGCAACAACAGUGGGAGUGGUGGGAGUGGCUCCUCCAACUCUAACAACAGUGCAUCAUCUGGCUACCAGUCAGGCAGUGGUGGUUCAUCAUCGUCUCAGAGUUUGUCAAACAGUGGCAGUGGCAGCAGCAGCAGCAGCAACACCAGUGGCAGCAGUGGGGGUGGAGAAAAGAAGAGUCUGGCAUCUGAGGUUUUGGGAUCAGCAGCUAAAGCUCUAAAAUGUGGAGACAGCAAAGAAACUUCUGAUAAGCUGGACAUGCCCCCACCCCCCUCCCCGGCCUCCAGCACCUGCUCAGACACAGGCUCCAUCACCUCUCCUGCAUCCUACAAGCGCGGAAAGAGACCUGCUCCCCGAGAUGAAAUGGAGCGCUUUGACGAGGAAGAAUGGCUAUUGCGAGACGUUAUUUUUGUUGAAGACACAAGACCAGUACCGAUAGGAGAGGUUCUUGCUGUGGAUGGAAAUCAGGUUGUUGUUGUGCCUCAGACCAAGGAAGGCAAAGGCAACCUGCGUGUGAUCCACCGCGAUCAGCUGCAGGUCAUCCGUGCAGGAGGAAACCCUCGUGUGCCGGACUGCUACCAGAAGACACCCAAGAGGAUCCCCGUCUCAGAGCAGGGCCAGAUCCUCACCGUGGCUGUGGAUGGCAGAGGAAUCCAUGCCAUCGUGAAGAACAACAAUCGCUUGACCUAUGCCAUAUACAAUUUGAGUUCUGGAAAGGCUGAGCAGGAGUGCAUGUUCCCCACCGACAGCACAGCAUUUAUGGGGUCAGAUCCUUCAGGUAUCUCACUCACAAUAACAGGCGAGAGUGAGAAUGUAGGUGUUCUGCGGGAUGGGAACAGUACCAUCUACCCUCUGAGUAAAGACUGUGUGGAGUCCAUCAAAGACCCUCACUGGCCAGACCUCCCCCCAGUGUCCUGCCUUGGUGUGGCGACUCACUUCCUACACGGCGCUGGUGCUCACCAGAAGAAUCAUGUGGCAAUACUCGUCCUUGCACUCAAAACUCAAACUCUGAUGCCCAAGAUUCUUCGCUGUGAUCCAGAGGGCGUGCGACAAGUCUUGUCUCUCCUUGAAAAUGACACUCCAGAUGGCAUGUCCAAUCUCACUUCUGAAGGAAUAGUGGAAGAAAAAUGUGAUGGUAAUCGUAAUAUCCUCCAUGCUUGCAUAUCUACCUGCUGCCCUGUUACCAGCAAGGAAAGUGAAGGAGAAUCUGUAUUGGAGAAAGACCCAAUCUUAGGCAGUUUUGCCUGGCCACCAAGCUCCUCUGAUACUCUGAGUGACACUGCUAGUGGUGCCGGGCCUGAUGAUGACCUCAUCACCCCUUCUUCAUCCAAAACUACACCUGGACCUAGUAUGCCAAGUUUAGGAACUUCAGACCCCACAGAGAGAAAAUCAUUCUCCUUAACCAUUUUACGUACUAUUUGUGACAGUCCUUCAUUGGCCCCACACUUGAGAAGUUUGCUGAUUGCUAAAGACUCCAAUGGGUUCACUCCUUUCAUGCUAGCAGUGUCUGGACGAGCUUAUCAGGCAGCACUCAUACUCUUUGAUGUCAUUCACCGGGUGGCCCUCGAGAGUGCCCUUGACUCGGAGGGUGUUCGGCGAGCCUUUACUCAAAUGAUCUUUCCCCGGGGCAGUAACCCUGAUGACUCUCCUCUCCAUGUGCUGUGCUAUAAUGACACUUGUUCCUUCACUUGGACAGGAGCUGAGCAUAUUAAUCAAGACAUAUUUGAGUGCAGAACUUGUGGAUUGAUUGGUUCCCUAUGCUGUUGUACAGAAUGUGCAAGAGUUUGUCAUAAAGGUCAUGACUGUAAGCUUAAGAAAACUUCACCUACAGCGUACUGUGACUGUUGGGAAAAAUGUAAAUGUAAAGCACUUAAAUCUGGGCAUCAGACUGCACGCUUUGAACUUUUGUCCCGCUUAAUAACAGAAACUGAUCUUGUUAAUAUUGCCAAUGGACGUGGAGAAAAUCUUCUCUUGUUCCUUGUACAAACAGUUGGACGUCAAGUGACAGAACAGAAGCAGUGGUCUAGGAGUCGCUCAACAUCUUCAACACGGAAAAACACCUUGUCAGAGGUCACCAUGGAAGUCCCUGAUCACGAUCUGGAGCCUCCCAAGUUUAGCCGUCGAGCUCUGGAGCGUCUGCUGAAUGACUGGGCUGCAGUGAGGGCCAUGAUCAUGACAGGCCACAAGGAGGAGGUCCCUCCGUCGGGUGCAUCCACAGACGAAAUCAACUUCAUGCAGUACCAAGGCCACACUACUCACCUAGACAAAUUUACCUACUGCCUGCUUGUGAAGUUGGCAACUCAGGUUGAGCAUCGUAAUCUCAAACUAAAGCAGCUGAUCAACAGUGAUGAUGAUGAGCGCAAGAUGAUCGCAGACACCAUGGUCACGGCCCUCAUCAACACACUCAUCAGGGAGCUUCACAAUGAUUCGGUUCCUGGACGCAAACAGGAAGCAGAAAAGGUGGCUCGAAGGUUCAUUGCUUCAGUGGUGCGGAUCUUUGUGAUCUUGGCCAUUGAGAUGAUUCCUAAUGUUGGGAAGAAGAAGCCAGGAAGCUCCUACACACAACCACUGGCCAAAUGUAUCAAAGUCUUUGAGUCACUGAUUCCUGUAGCAGUGACAGAACUGUGUGAUGCUGCCGAUGCUCUCAUGCUUCCUGUCCGCCUCAACUACGUCAAGCCAACGGCCCCAUUCCCUCUCACCUCAACCCAUGUGGAUGCCAACCAUGGGUGUAAGGAGAUGUUUGAGGUGGAGCCCUUGCAAAGGUAUCACCAUCGCUUUGGUGGAGGCAACAUGGAGCAGCCCACAGCCUCCACCAGCAGCAGCCGGGGAGGGAGUGCCAGUAUGAGUGGUGGAGGUGGAGAAGAAGUGGAGGAAGGCGGUGAAGAAGAGGUGGCUCCCAGCAUGUCUCGACCUGGCCCGGCCCCUGCAUCAAGGUCACGAAGGAGCCGAACAGACCACAUCCUCCCACCCCAGGUGGACGAUCACGACAAUGAAGGCGGCAGUGAGAGGGAUGAUGCCAAUGAACGCUCUGAACAGGAAGGUGAUGGUGGGGCUGAGGUGGAGGGAGGAGAGUCAGACAUGGAGCUGGAUCUCUUGGCAGAAUCAGACAGUGACAGUGAUGAUAACCAAUCUGCUGUGGACAACACCUCUGCUCAGAGAUCUGUUCAGACUGGGGCAACAGCCGGAAGUGAUGGUGAGGAUGACUCUGGGGAAUCAUCACCUGGGGAGGACGAGGAUGACGAAAGUGAGGCAGCAGAGACUGAUGAGUUUGAUUCUGCGGAACUUUUCUCUGAUGAACAGUUGGAGAGGAGGGGAAACACUUCGUCUACUGCACGCAAUAUUGCUCCCCAUAACCUCCAGUGGGCAGUGAGAAACCCACGAGACAACAGCUCACGCUCAGGAGGGACCACUGGGGGGCCAACAGCAACAGGGUCCACAAGUACAACCUCCAGUGGACUGAUAUACAUUGAUCCCACCUCAUUAAGGCAUGGCCCAACAUCAAGCUCCUCAGUUACCCCAUCCUCGCAUGAGCCCGUCAGCUUGGCCACCACCAACAACACCCUGGCCAGAGCCUUCACCAUUGUUGUAAGGCAGAUGAGCUCACUCCUUGGUCUGGCCUGUGACCUUGUGAGGGAUGGAGUCCUGACCUCAAGAACACCAGGGGGAGGAGGAGGCAUCCCUGGCAGCAGUGGAAGCAGCACCACGGCCAAUCAGAUCUGCUUGACCCCCACCAUCAUCUCCGCUCUCAUCAAGCAGGUGGAUGCCAGGCUCCAGCCCACAUGGGAUUGGUUGUUAAGUUUGAUGGACUCGACUGAAUCUCAAUUGAGGUUUGGCCGUGAAUUGAACCAGCUCAUUGAGGGCAGCGGUGGCAGUGCAAGCUCAUCCACAACAGCAUCAGCACCGACAGGAAUCCCGGCCGCUCGGCCCCGGGAGCGCAGUGCUGGGCGAACAGGACUGUUUAUUAGAGACCCUCUGACGGGGCCACUGUCCAGAUACCAGAGUGCAAGAAGGGGAGCACGAGCUGCAGCCAGCACUGCAGACCCUCAGAAUGCCAGAAGAGAUACCCUUUCAUAUGUUGUCUCUCUCCUGAGAGCCCAUAAAAAUGAACAUUGUGAUACAUUACCAGACAUAGAUGUUGGGUCAUUGAAGCAUAUAGCCUACGUGUUUGAUGCCCUGAUCAGUUACCUUCGGUGCUGUGAGAGCGACAGCAACGCCCACAUUGAUUCUGGGGGUGCAGAGUGCACUGGCUUCUCUUGGGAGCGCGAUGAAAAUGAAAAUGAAGAUGACAUAGACGAUCUGCCCUCCAUCACUCCUUCUGCUGGGGACAGUGAGUCCACUGAUGAGGACUCCAAUCUUUCCAACUCAAGGGGGAGGAAACACACCUUCUUCCAGAGAUCCCAGUCUACUUUGUGUCUGGGAUCUCUAGGUGCAGAUGUCUUUAGUACCAGCCUGCAGGAGGCCUUGCCUCUUGCUGACAAGCCACACCUGCUGCAGCCCAACGCCCGUCGGGAGGAACUGUUUGGCAUUCCACGCGCACACACGCACAAUGCUGGCAAUGAAACCAGAACUCCCUUGGACACCCCACUCUCUCGCCUCGGUGUGUUGGAGAACUUGCACAUGGUGGGCCCCUAUCCACCCACACCGCCACAGUCUUAUGCCCACAUGUUGGGGUCUGUGCGGCCAGUCGAUCAUCAACCAACUGACCUCUCUGUCUAUUCAAGUGGGCAUAUGAGAGACCUCAAGGAUGAAGAUAUGAGUGAAGACAGUGGGGAGACUUCACAAGAGAGAGCCCCGAUUAUUGUCUCUCCAAGACGAACUGGAAGCAGUCUUGCUGAAGGUACAAGUGACCACACCAGCAGUGGAGCGGCACACUUCUCAUCCGAGUCCACAUCUACCAGAGCCAGUGUUAAGAGUGUCAUCGUCAGAGUUGGGUCAUCACCUGUUUCAAGUGCAUUCAAGUCUGAGGUGAGCACAGCAUCAUCUCUGUCACCAAGUCUGGCCUCCACCUCCACCACCUCCUACACCCCUGGCUGCAUUGGUGGGCGCGGCAGCACAGACCUCCUGGUGGUCCCUCUGGAUGGCCGCAGCAGCCGAGGCUCUGAAAUGGGUCUCCACGCUCCCCAUGAUGUAUCUGCAAAUGUUACCAUUGAUACCACACAUGACCAGAUGAAACCAACACUUCUGAGAAGUGGAGUAACCCAAGAUUUGCUUCUGGGACGCUGGAGGUUAACAUUGGAAUUGUUUGGAAGAGUAUUUAUUGAUGACGUUGGCGCCGAGCCAGGUUCCAUAAUUGCCCAGCUUGGAGGCUUCCCAGUAAAAGAGGCAAAAUUUAGAAGAGAAAUGGAGAAACUGCGAAACUGCCAGCAACGGGACAUGAAUCUUACAAAGAUUGAUCGUGAGAGGGGACAACUCAUUGCUCAGACCUUCAAGGAGCUCAACACACAGUAUAAUAACUACCACAGACGAGGGACUCAGUCUUCCCCGCCUCUGGCCGUGAAUCGUGUCAAAGUAACAUUCCGAGAUGAGCCCGGGGAAGGGUCUGGGGUGGCCCGGUCCUUCUACACGGCCAUUGCUGAGGCGCUCCUCUCAGGCGAGAAGCUUCCAAACCUUGAGCCUUGUCAGGUUGGUCUGUCUGUGGUGAGGUACAGCUUGUAUGGGCAGUACAAGGGACGAGACAGAGACCGCCGCCAGGGAGCAUCGUCGUCACGGUCACUUCAGAGGAGAGAAUCCCGAAAGACUCUCUCCGUUGAUGCUCGGCCGUUCUAUAUGACGGGGGAAGGAACAAGCAAUGAACACCUGCCCUCCAAUGUACUGCAGCUGGGGGAGGCUCUCUUCCCCAAGGUUCAGAAUCUGAGACCAUCACUUGCGAGUAAGAUCACUGGAAUGUUGUUGGAGCUGACACAUGCUCAGUUGCUGUUGCUCUCUGCUAGUGAAGAUGCUCUUCGUCAAAAAGUAGAUGAAGCAGUGGACCUGAUUCUUGCUCAGGGCAGAGACCACACGCCAGAGUAUUCCCCGUCACACCAAGACACAGAUGAAGGUGGAGAGGAGCCUGAGGAUGCCAGUGCUCCUCUGUUCUACCAGCCUGGAAAGAGAGGAUUUUACUCUCCUCGGCAGAGUCGACCAGGGCUAGAAAGACUUAAUGCAUUCCGUAAUGUUGGCAGACUUUUAGGGUUAUGUUUAUUGCAAAAUGAGUUGUGCCCCAUCUACUUGAACCGCCACGUCCUGAAGUACAUUCUUGGGCGGCCAAUCCGCUUCCACGAUCUGGCCUUCUUUGACCCUGUGAUGUAUGAGAGCCUGCGCAAGCUGGUGCUGGACGCCGAGAACAAAGACACCGGCACGGAUGUCUUCAAAGCCCUCGACUUGACAUUCAGCAUUGAUGUGAUUCCUGAGGAGGGCGGGACAAAUGUGGAGCUCAUCAGUGGCGGCCGCAAUAUUGAAGUGACCACCAAUAAUGUGUAUGACUAUGUGCGCAAGUAUGCAGAGUAUCGCAUGGUGAAAUCACAGGAAAAGGCUCUGCAGAGUUUGCGUGAUGGCGUGUUUGAUGUCAUUCCUGGGGGAGCCCUGGACUCCCUCACAGCUGAAGACCUGCGGUUACUCCUGAAUGGUGUUGGAGACAUCAACGUGGCAACUCUCAUAUCGUACACUUCCUUCAAUGACGAGAGUGCCGAGUCUAAUGAUCGCCUUAAUAAGUUUAAGCGCUGGCUUUGGUCUAUUGUUGAGAAAAUGACCAAUCAGGAGAAACAAGACCUGGUAUAUUUCUGGACGGGUUCACCUGCCUUACCUGCAUCUGAAGAAGGUUUCCAACCCAUGCCGUCAGUCACCAUCCGGCCUGCCGAUGACUCUCACCUCCCCACUGCAAACACUUGCAUCAGUCGCCUCUACAUCCCUCUGUACACCACUCGUGCUAUCCUGCGCUCAAAGCUUCUCCUUGCAAUCAAGACAAAGAAUUUUGGAUUUGUUUGAAAGAAGUGACCAAAGGAUAGAUAAAAGCUGUUAAGAACAAUGAGUGACACUUCCAAAUUAGAUAUGAACAUUUCAUAUACAUAGAAAAUGGUUUAGGAGAGAAGCCUUACUCCAUAGGUUCAGGUGUUGUCAAAGUCUGUGGAAUGCAGUUUUUUUUAUGUCCUCAUGUUGCAAAGGUUUUACAUCAUCACCAUCCUUGUCAUCAUCACUAUCAUCAUCUUCAUCUUCCACCCCGUUUCUUGUAGGUACAGGUUUGGGGGAAAUGUUACAAUGAUGUAAAUUGAGAAAUGAUAGGGGGUAUUUUAAUGACUUGAAAGUUGCUUAUGCGUAAUCUUUUGAAUUCAUUAUAGUGAAAAUCCAGUGGUUGUAUUCUUAUUAAAUAAAAGAAUCUGCAUUCAUUGACAAUUUGCAAAAUAUUGGAGAAAAAACAUCAGGCCAUCCACAACUGAGAAUGGACUAGUAGUGAAGUAUACCAGCAGCAGGAAAACAAAGUAUAUCUGUGAAAAUUUAAUGUGCUACCAUUUCUAAAGUACUCUUUUUUAAAAAUUUACAAAAGUAAUUUAUUUCAAUGGAUUUUUUGUUACUCCUGAGCAUCGUUUUUAAUUCAUGCAAGUUAUUUCCUCUGAAAAAAUAAUGAAGUAACAAAUACUGAGACACCAGUGCAGUGACUCCAGAGAGCAAAGUUAAGACAUGUCCAGUUUUACGUUUCUUUGGGAAACUUUUUGAGAUCUGAAAUUCAUUGGAAACUGGUUAUGUUGUUUGAUAAUUUCACUUGUUUCUCAAAGCUAAACUAUUUCAUUUGACUGAUAUAAGUUCCUGAUAUGGCAUGCAAAACUCAAAGCAAUGUCAGCUUAAUUUUGAUACCAUCACCUGUAGCCCCAUGGCUUACUUUUCUUGUAACUUAUUUUUUAUGAACAAACUUAAGUAGUUCCAACUUGAAAAUUCACAAAGUAAAGAAAGGCCUUGCCAGGACUAUAAGUGGCUCUUAGAAACCUUGGCUUCAAAGCUUCAUAGUGGCCCUUCUUUCUCCCUUCAGAUGGAAAAUAAAAAUACUGUGCAUGUGUUGUUUUGCUUUGACUGCUAGAGUGUUCAAGUGAUGUCCACUAUGUAACAUGUAAGCAAGAAUCAUCCAUUACUGUGUCUUUAUCCUCAUCCUUUUCUCUGCUUUGUUCUCUGACCUCUUCUCACUCUACUUCACUCAUCUUCUCUCCUCACAUCAUUUUCUUAUUGGAUAUGGCAUAUUCUAGCAUUUUGUUUCCAUAGAGGUGGCAAGGGAAGGAAUGUAUAAAGUUUUGUUGACCAGUACUUGAUGUGAUUUGUAAUGUGCUGGUUAAAAUCCAGGUGCUGGAUUUUGGUAUGCGUGUAUGUUUAAAAGUAAAGCCCCAUGAACACUAUAUCUGAGGGGACCUUGUUUCAGUUAGCAUCUGCUUCUGCAAAUUGAAUUUUUUUUAUAUUAUUUUCAUCAUCAUUAAGAGUAGUUUAAUUUUGUUAGUGUUUUGAAGUGAGGUACUUCACCGAGUCAAAACUUGUACAAAGAAUAAAUUAAUUAUUCACAUCUCGGUAAAAAUAUGAGUUUUUCAUACUUAAGUUAUUGUUAUUUUUUCAUGUUUGCUUAAGUUCAUUAACUUCUCCCAUGAAACUGGUGUCUCACUUUCAUUAUGGAUUCAACAUGUAAUCUUCAUUCCUGAAAUUCGUCAUUUCAGUUAUCUGAAUGAUGUUGAAUGCAGUGCAGGGAGAUGAAUGAUAUGGGGACAGUGAAGCCAGAUUUAUUUUGAAAUAACCAUCAUUAUAAAUUUUUUUUUACAAGUGUGUAACUUAAUAUGAUGCAACAUUUUUGGACAAUGAAGUGUUUUAUUGUCUUCAUAUUAUAUGUAACAUGAAAUAAAUACUUGCACGAU